AUGUUUGCACAGGAAGCACAGCUCAACACCAUCAUGAACAAAUUUUGGGAAACCGAAGAGGCCAUCCCUGUUCGAAAAGAGUCAUCACCUGAAGACGAGUUGUGUGAGAAACUGUACCGAUCCACUACUUAUCGCACCUCUGAAGGAAGGUAUGUUGUGGCACUGCCUUUCAAACCUGGCGCUCCCGCUCUGUGCAAUAACCGCAGCAAGGCAUACCGCAAUCAGUUAGGACUACUGAAAAAACUGAGUCAAUCUGAUGAACUCGAAACCAAAUACUCUGACUUCAUGCAUGAGUAUCGUGACUUAGACUGCAAACAAAUGUACAGACAAAUCUUGCUGAGACCUGAAGACCGCCAGCAUCAACAUAUAUUUUGGAAACCCACCCACCAAGAAAAAAUUCAAGAAUUUGAACUGUUAACAGUGACUUAUGGAGUAUCUUCUAGCGCGUAUCUUGCUCAGCGUACUCUGCAACAAUUAGUGGAGGACGAAGGUGAAGCUUUCCCACUCGCCAGUCAAGUACUGAAGUCGCAAACGUAUGUCGACGACAUACUUGGCGGAAGCAAUGACCUGAAUACCACACAUUCACUUAUCAAAGAACUCAAUGAGUUAUUGUCACUCGCCUCCUUCGAAUUGAGGAAAUGGAAUUCCAACACACCUGAGUUGAUUGAGCAUAUGUCGCCCGAAUAUUUGAGCAAUCAGGAAUGCCUGUUUGAUGAUACUGCAACCGCCAAAGUCCUUGGUAUUGUGUAUAGUCCGCUUGCCGAUGAUUUCCGAUAUUUCAUCUCUGCCUUUUCUGAAAAAAGCACGAAAAGAACAAUACUCGCCUUCAUUGCACGAAUUUAUGACCCACUGGGUUGGCUAUCACCGCUUAUUCUACUGUUUAAGUUAUUCAUGCGCACUCUGUGGUCUGAAUGCCUUGGAUGGGAUGAUGAAAUUUCUACACCACUAUUAACUCAUUGGAAAUCCUUGGUUACCGCUAUCAACCAGUUACACCAGAUUCGCAUACCAAGACUGUUAGCUUGCUCCCAUUCCUCAAUUAGACUGUUAGGAUUCGCCGAUGCCUCAGAGAAAGGAUAUGCCACCUGCUUGUACCUUCAUGAAGAAGUUGAAAACUGCUUUAUUGAUUGUCGUCUUAUUGCCGCCAAGAGUCAUGUUGCGCCCCUCAAAACCCUAACAAUCCCUCGAUUGGAAUUGAAAGGCUGUCUCUUGUUAGCACAACUUGUAUCUGUCAUUUUACCAACUCUAUCAGAAUACAACCUGCUGGAAAUUCGUCUCUACACUGAUUCCAAAACCGCCUUGGACUGGAUCAAUACACCUAAUUACAAACUGCAGAUUUUUGUUGCUAAUCGUGUACAGCAAAUCACUCAAUUAGUGAAACCCAAACUGUUCAAUCAUGUGUCCUCGCUUAACAACUGUGCUGAUAUUGCUUCUCGUGGACUACUGCCAACCGAACUUGUUUCCUGCCAUACUUGGUGGCAUGCUUCUGCCGCAUUUCAAUGCCUCGCUGUUGAUUUUCCUGUGUCUAAUCACGUUGUCAGUGAAACAAUACCUGAGAUGAAGUCAAACCCGCUGUAUAUUCUUGCAACUACCCAAGAUGAACCGUUAGCAAACCCGCUAUACGCCGCUUGUGAACGUGUAUCCAAAUUUGGAAAAUUAUGCCGAAUUUUUGUGUAUAUACUACGCUUCAUCAACAGAAUCAAGAUCGCCCGCCAUGACUAUAGUAACAAAUUAAUUCAAAAAUUUUGUGACUGUGAACCGCAUCCUGCUACUAUUGAUGUUGUUGCCUCUGAAACAGAGAUUGCUAGAAGGCUCAUUAUACAAGUCGUGCAAAAGGUCAAAUUUCAGAAGGAAAUAAAUGAGUUAAACUCGGGAAAAUGCCCCAAACAUUUAUUGACUCUGCAGCCUUAUAUUGAUCAUGAGAAUUUGAUCCGCCUAUCUGGUCGUCUGGAGAAUGCACCUAUUUCCAGUGAAACUGAAAAUCCGUUAUUGUUACCAAAAAAUGAACAUGUUUCUACUCUCAUUAUUAGACAACAGCAUCUCAUGAGCUUUCAUGCUGGUCCCCGCACCACCCAAUCCGCAGUAUGCCAACAAUAUUGGAUAUUAUCAGCUCGUAAUCAGGUACAUCGUGUCAUACACCAAUGCAUCAUCUGCAACCGAUUUCGCCGCUCAAAUUUGCAACAACGCAUGGCCCCGCUACCUGCCGAACGGGUCACCAUCAACAAACCAUUCAAUGUGACUGGCUUGGACUUUGCUGGACCCUUUAUCUGCAAGACAUCUCUGCUAAAACGUGCGCAAACUACAAAAGGAUAUUUGUGCAUAUUUGUGUGUUUUGCCACAAAAGCCACUCAUCUCGAAUUUCUGUCUUCUAUGUCGGUCAACCACUUUAUCGCCGCACUACAACGAUUCAUUGCCCGACGAGGUACGCCUCACACGCUAUGCUCUGACAAUGCCAAAACUUUUGUAUCUGCCGCUAGAAAAAUGCAUGAAUUGGCCAAGCUUUUGGAAUCACUACCCUCUGCUGUCACUUGUUUUCUGUCCAACCAUGGCAUAAAUUGGAAAUUCAUCCCUCCUUACGCACCCCACCAUGGAGGCCUGUGGGAAGCUGCCGUCAAAUCCGCUAAAACGCUGUUGUAUCGCUGUAUUGGAGACAAGGCUCUCACAUAUGAAGAAUUUGACACAAUAUUCACCCGCAUAGAAAGCAUCUUGAACAGCCGACCGCUAACUGAACUGUCUUCACAGCCCGCAGAAGCCGCUUCUGUUCUAACACCUGGCCAUUUCCUAGUAGGUGGACCCCUGACCGCACCACCGCAACCGAUAGAGACUAAAGAAAUACUAUCAACUCGCCGUUGGAGACAUUGCAACCAAAUGAUGCAAUUCUUCUGGAGCCAAUGGUCAAAAGAAUAUCUAUGCACACUAAUGAACCGCACAAAAUGGAAGGUUGUCUACUGUGGAUGGUGCUGUCUUGUUGACGGUUUCUGUACAUCGGGCGGGCGUCAAAUGCAAAUUCCGAGAGGUAAGUUGAUGUGUUUUUAUUGA